AUGGAUUAACAUCCAAAGCCAAUCUAACCAGAAGAGUUUAAAUAAAAAAUAAAAGAUAUAUUAAUAAAUUGCAGACAAACUAGAAAUUUUGAUAUCAAUAUAUUUGUUAAAUUUGCUUCGUAAAAUUUAUAUAUUUAUAAUUUUAUUUAGUUAAACUAGAAAAUAGAUAAACAAUACUCCAAAUGCAUAAUAAAUAUGUAAAUUAAUAAUAAUAGAAUCGUAAAAAUGCUUAUUGGAAAUCUAUGCAUAACAAUUUAAGGAAUAACUUAAUUUAGAUUAAUUUUUUACGAUUUUUAUUGAAUAUGAAAAAGCUGCAAAACAUUUGAAUCUUGCCUGUUAUCAUGUGGUAAUUAAAUUCUUUUUUAUUAAUUAGUGCUAAAAUUUAAGUUAUAAAGCAACCUUUUAAUUUUGGAAGAUUGCAGUAUGCAAAAUAAUUAAAGAUAACAGUUAAUAUAUUUAAUAGAGUAUUUUUAAAUAAUUGGAGAGUCUUUUAGAAUCAAUUUAUAAGAAAUAUGAAUAGGAAUUUGUUCAUAAAAAAUAAGAAAGUGAAAAAUUUAAUAAGAAAUUAGAUGGACUUAAUUCUAUCAUGAAAUUUUAAACUUAUAAUUAAAUUUUAUUAGAAUUAUCAAAGAAUGAAGUAUUAAUUCAAAGAAACAUUGAUAUUUGUGAUGAUUUUUGUUAGAUGGUAUUUAAAUUUAUGGAUGGUGAAUAUUAAUAAAAAUAUAUGAGAUGGCAUUAAGUUUAUUCAGUUAAAGAUUAUUUAAUAUAAGUUGAAAGAGAAUUAGAACUUAAUGAGUAAUUAUUUUCUGCCUUAAAAACAUAUUAUAAAUUUAAAGAUCAUUAUACUAAAAUUUAAAGAAUUGUAUAUGAGACUUUAUUACUUUCAUAUAAGAGAGUAGUAUUAAAAGAUGAAAGAGGAUUUUUAGGAUUAUUAAAAGAAUUUCUCUAAAGUUAAGAAUAAGAGGAAAAAGAAAUUGCUAGAGAGGAAAUUAUUUUAAUUUUGAGAGUGUAUUCAAAAUUUUAAGAUAAAGAUAUAUAUUUUAAUGAUUUUAAAUAAAACUUUUAAAUUUUUGUAAGAAAAGCAAUAGAAGAAUAAUAUAAAGAAUAAACCUUACAUCAUGAAUUAGAGAAAUAAAAAUAGAAAUAUAAAUCAUUAGUUAAAAUUUUAUGUGAUAUAUAUGAUAAAUUUAAUAAUCUUAUUAUAUUGUGUUUUAGAGAAAGUAAUAAUUAUAAUGGAAGAUAUGAUCUUGAAAUGAUAGUUAAAUCAGAACUCAAUUUAUUUUUCAUAAAUUUAGAAUAAGUAAUUAAUAAUUAUUAUAAAGAGUAUUCAUUUAACAUAAUAAUUAUGCGAUUAUGUACAUGAUUUAAUUAUGUAAAUGUCUAAAACUGAUGAUCAAUAAUAAAGAAAAGAAAAUUAUGAUGAAAUUUUAAAAGUAUAAGAAUGUUUAUUACCUUUUGUAAAAGAUUAUGAAUAUUAUUUAAUAGUAAGUAUUUCUAAAUAAUAUAGAUUAAUUAUUAUCGUUUGGCUUCUAGAUUACUUAGUUAUUUAAUAUUCUUUGAAAAAUCACAUGUUAGAACACAUUUAGAUAAUGAAACCUAAAUACUUGAUUAAAUGAAAAGUUUCUGUGGAGAUAAAAAAUUAAAAAAGUUUUAUAAAAUGAUUUCUGAAAUUUCUGAUCUUGCAUUAAAUACACGUAUACUUGCAUUUGAUGAUGGAACAUCUUCAGAAAUUAUAUAAAUAAAUAAAAAAAAAUGGCCAAUUCUUUAUGAUAAUGAUAGAAAUGUUUUUGAAUAGAUUUAAAAUCAUAAAGAUUAAUUUUAUAAAACACAUAAUUUACAAUAUAAUGUUGUAUUUAGUGAUACCAUAUCAUAUGUUGAAGUUUAUUGGGCAGAAGUAAAUAAAACUCUUAUGAUAAAUUGUGUUUAAGCAGCAAUAUUAUUUUUGUAUGAUAAAAAUGAAGAUCCAAAAUCUUUAAAUGAAAUUAUUUAAUCAACUAAAUUAUAAAAAGAUUAAGUUCUAUUUUAAUUAGAUAGAAUGGUAUAUAUUGUCUAUAUAUAAAAGGUUAAAUUAAAAAUAUUAUGGGCUGAUGAAGACAGUUAUUAUUUAAAUAAUUCAUAAAUUAAAUUAGAAAUAGAAAAUCAUUGGAUUGUUAUGGAACAUAAUAUUUAUGAAAAUGAACGAUUUAUAAAUGAAUGUAUAUAUUAUAUCUAAUCUUAGUUAAACCUAUUAAUGAUAAAUCAUAAGAUUUUAAGUAUUAAUUAGAUGCUUUUAUUAUGAAAAUCUUAAAAUUAGAAAAAAGAAUAUUACAUAAAUUAUUAUUAGAAAAAGUUACCUAACAUUUUUAUCCAAUCUUAGUAUCUAAUGAACAACUCAAACUAUCCAUUGAAUUCUUAUCCAAAUAUUAAUACAUCAGUAGAGAUCCAGAAAAUUAAUAAGCAUAUCUAUAUUAAUGA